GCCAUGGUGGCAAUGGCCUUCAUGACCCGUGGCGAGGAUCUGGAAGAACGGGCACUGCAUCAAGACGAUCAGUGCACAGGAGAGCAGUGUGCACUGAAUGCGUUGCAGCAUCGGGGAGCCAAAAUCGCCACCGAAGCUGUCGAGGCCGAAGAGCUUCAGGCAGAAGAUGAGGUGGAGGACAUGGUGGACACCGAGGAGGACUUGGGGGUCAACUACACAGAGCUCAUGGAGUACGGCUGCUUUGCGAAGCCGUCGAACAUGCGUCUGUCCUGGAGAGCCAGUGGUCGAGACUUCUUCCAGCAGUUCACGUUUGUCACGCAGGAUGACACACAUGGAGCUCACAAGUAUCUCAACUUUCACGACGCAGUGAGACACGGAGUGAUUGGGGCGACGAACCACGGCUCUGUCUUCAUGAAGAUCGGGGGUAUCGAGCCCACAGGUGAGUGGAUCGCGCCGUACAAGCGUCAUUCGGUCAUGAUCCACUCCAACUACGCUUGGCAUCCACAGGAUGGCUUUCUGGUGGUCAUGAAGUACAACCAUGUGCCUUGGGGUCCAUCCAUCUGGCCGGCAUUCUGGCUGAUGAACAGCGACAAGGUGUGGCCUGAUGGUGGAGAGUUCGAUAUCAUGGAGUUCGCGAACGAUGAGACGGCCGCCUCAGCAUCUCCCUUCCCCGCUUUCGACAUGGGACCCCACAUGACCUUCGCAUCAUUGCUCGCGGCCGUGGUCUCUGCACAAAACAUCACAAGCAUCGUCACCUCCCUGCGAGAUCCCGUCUACCUCAACGGAGCCACUGGCAUUGCCAUCUCGGGGGAUCAUGCCUAUGUGACCGCAGAGUACGACGCUGGGAUCACCAUUCUCAACAUCGCUGAUCCCAGCAACCCCAGCCUUGUGGGCAGCAUCGCAGAUCCUCAGCUGAGUAGUGCCGUGGGCAUCGCCAUCUCUGGGGACAAAGCUUUCGUGAGCUCAUUCUUAACCGGCUUGUCAGUUGUUGACAUCGCUGACCGUGGCAACCCAACAAUCACAAGCUCCCUUUACAACGGCACUCUACUCCAUGGAGCUUUUGAUGUCAAAGUCGUGGGAGACUACGCAUACGUGUCGGCAAGUUUCAGCAACUGCUUCACGGUGAUCGACAUCAGCGAUGUUAGCAACCUCAGAAUCGCAGGCUGGAUCAAGGACGCAACGGUACUUGGCUAUGUCAGAGGCAUGGACGUUGUUGGCGGCUACGCUUACGUGACCGUACAGGACUUUGACCGCCUGGCCGUGAUCAACAUCACCGAUCCCCGGAACCCUGCCGUCGCAGGAGUCUUGCAGUCUCCUUUGCUUGAAGCAGCGACGGAUGUGGCCGUGGUUGGGAACUUCGCCUAUGUGAGCGCGGUGAGAUGGGGGUCCACCCCGGGCAUCACUGUUGUCAACAUCGCGGACCCAAGCAACCUCACAAUUGAGUCCGCGAUCUUCGAUUCGGACUUGUUUUGCACCAUCUCGGGCAUCUCCGUCGCUGGGGGCUAUGCGUAUGCAGUGGG